UCCGUCAGUUUCCUCGGCAGCGGCAGGAGAGAGCGGCCGGAGCGGCGCGAGCGGGGGGCCACCGGAGGCGGCGGCGGCUCCGGCAGAGCAAGGGCGCGGCGGCUCCCACUCGCACAGCAGCGCACUCGGCGCCCCGCGCAGGGUCGCGAUGCUGCGCGCUUUGGCACUGCUCCUACUGGCCUCCUGGACGGCUCGGGCGUUGGAGGUGCCCACUGAUGGCAACGCCGGCUUGCUGGCAGAACCUCAGGUUGCCAUGUUCUGCGGCAAACUGAACAUGCAUAUGAAUGUGCAGAAUGGGAAGUGGGAGUCCGAUCCUUCGGGGACCAAAACGUGCAUUGGCACCAAGGAGGACAUCCUGCAGUACUGCCAAGAAGUCUACCCUGAACUGCAGAUCACCAAUGUGGUGGAAGCCAACCAACCAGUGACCAUCCAGAACUGGUGCAAGAGGGGCCGCAAGCAGUGCAAGACCCACGCCCACAUUGUGAUCCCCUACCGCUGCUUAGUUGGCGAGUUUGUAAGUGACGCCCUCCUUGUUCCCGACAAGUGCAAAUUCCUACAUCAGGAGAGGAUGGAUGUGUGUGAAACCCACCUUCAUUGGCACACCGUCGCCAAAGAGACCUGUAGUGAGAAGAGUACCAAUUUGCACGACUAUGGCAUGUUGCUGCCUUGUGGAAUUGACAAGUUCCGAGGGGUAGAGUUUGUAUGCUGCCCGCUGGCUGAGGAAAGCGACAACGUUGACUCAGCGGAUGCAGAGGAGGACGACUCAGAUGUCUGGUGGGGUGGAGCAGAUACAGACUAUGCAGAUGGGAGCGAAGACAAAGUAGUGGAAGUAGCAGAGGAGGAGGAGGUGGCUGAUGUUGAGGAAGAAGAAGCCGAGGACGACGAGGAUGACGAGGAUGGUGAUGAGGUAGAGGAAGAGGCAGAAGAACCCUAUGAAGAGGCCACGGAGAGAACCACCAGCAUCGCCACGACCACCACCACCACCACGGAGUCUGUGGAAGAGGUGGUCCGAGAGGUGUGCUCUGAACAGGCCGAGACGGGGCCAUGCCGAGCAAUGAUCUCCCGCUGGUACUUUGAUGUGACCGAAGGGAAGUGCGCCCCGUUCUUUUACGGCGGAUGUGGCGGCAACCGAAACAACUUUGACACAGAGGAGUACUGCAUGGCCGUGUGUGGCAGCGUCAUGUCCCAAAGUUUACUCAAGACCACCCAGGAACCUCUUCCCAAAGAUGCUGUUAAACCUGUCAAGAUGCCACAGUUUAACGAGAGGCCACAUAUGUUUCCUACCACGGCAGCCAGCACCCCUGACGCCGUCGACAAGUAUCUUGAGACACCUGGAGAUGAGAAUGAACAUGCCCAUUUCCAGAAAGCCAAAGAGAGGCUGGAGGCCAAGCAUCGCGAGCGAAUGUCCCAGGUCAUGCGAGAAUGGGAAGAGGCAGAACGACAAGCAAAGAACUUGCCUAAAGCCGACAAGAAAGCAGUUAUUCAGCACUUCCAGGAGAAGGUGGAGUCUCUGGAGCAGGAAGCAGCCAAUGAGAGGCAGCAACUGGUGGAGACGCACAUGGCCCGAGUGGAAGCCAUGCUCAAUGACCGCCGCCGCCUGGCUCUGGAGAAUUACAUCACUGCCCUGCAGGCCGUCCCUCCUCGGCCUCGUCAUGUGUUCAACAUGCUAAAGAAGUAUGUUCGUGCUGAACAGAAGGACAGGCAGCACACCCUGAAGCAUUUUGAGCACGUACGCAUGGUGGAUCCAAAGAAAGCCGCUCAGAUCCGGUCCCAGGUGAUGACGCACCUCCGUGUGAUUUACGAGCGCAUGAACCAGUCCCUCUCCCUGCUUUACAAUGUGCCUGCAGUGGCCGAGGAGAUUCAGGAUGAAGUUGAUGAGCUGCUUCAGAAAGAGCAGAACUACUCGGAUGACGUCUUGGCCAACAUGAUCAGUGAACCAAGAAUCAGUUACGGAAACGAUGCCCUCAUGCCGUCUUUGACAGAAACGAAAACCACCGUGGAGCUUCUUCCCGUGAAUGGGGAGUUCGGCCUGGACGAUCUCCAACCCUGGCAUCCUUUUGGGGUCGACUCGGUGCCAGCCAAUACAGAAAAUGAAGUUGAGCCUGUUGACGCCCGCCCUGCUGCCGACCGAGGACUGACCACCCGACCAGGUUCAGGCUUGACAAACAUCAAGACGGAAGAGAUCUCUGAGGUGAAGAUGGAUGCCGAGUUCCGACAUGACUCAGGAUAUGAGGUUCAUCAUCAAAAAUUGGUGUUCUUUGCAGAAGAUGUAGGUUCAAACAAAGGUGCCAUCAUUGGACUCAUGGUUGGUGGAGUUGUCAUAGCAACAGUGAUCGUCAUCACCUUGGUGAUGCUGAAGAAGAAACAGUACACGUCCAUUCAUCAUGGUGUGGUGGAGGUUGACGCUGCAGUGACCCCAGAGGAGCGCCACCUCUCCAAGAUGCAGCAGAAUGGCUAUGAAAACCCAACUUACAAGUUCUUCGAGCAGAUGCAGAACUAGACCCCCGCCACAGCAGCCUCUGAAGUCGGACAGCAAAACCAUUGCUUCACUACCCAUCGGUGUUCAUUUAUAGAAUAAUGUGGAAAGAAACAAGCCCUUCCGUUUUAUUAUUUACUCAUUAUCACCUUUCGACAGCCAUGCUGUAACACAAGUAGAUGCCUGAACUUGAAUUAAUAUACAAAUCAGCAAUGUAUUCUCUCUCUUUACAUUCUGGUCUCUACAUUAUUAAUGGGUUUUGUGUACUGUAAAGAACUUAGCUGUAUCAAACUAGUGCAUGAAUAGAUUCUCUCCUGAUUAUUUAUCUCGUAGCCCCUUAGCCAGUUGUAUAUUAUUCUUGUGGUUUUGUGACCCAAUUAAGUCCUACUUGAAAUAUGCUUUAAGAAUCGAUGGGGGAUGCUUCGUGUGAACGUGGGAGUGUAGCUGCUUCUCUUGCCUACGUAUUCUUUUCCUGAUCACUAUGCAUUUAAAGUUGAGCAUUUAAGUAUUCCAAAUGAUCUAGAGAAUUUUUUUCCAUGAUUGCAUUUUACUGUACAGAUUGCUGCUUCUGCUAGAUUUGUGAUAUAGGAAUUACAAGGAUACACAUUUACUCCUUUGUGCCUGUUUUAUGUGCACACAUUAGGCAUUGAGAAUUGAAACUUUUUUGUCCAUGUACCUUUGGAUCUUUGAUAAAGAAAAGAAUCCCUGUUCAUUGUAAGCACUUUUACGGGUGAGGUGGGUGGGGGGAGGGAGUGCUCUGCUGGUCUCAAAUUACCAGGAAUUCUCCCAAAAAAUCUUCCGCAGGAUGAUUGUACAGAAUCAUUGCUUAUGACCAUGAUAGCUUUCUACACUGUAUUACAUAAAUAAAUUAAAUAAAAUCACCCUGGGCAAGAGUUUUCUUUAAAGGCUAACUAGGAACAUUAAAUAUUCAGAGUCAUUGGAGGUUGGGGGAGAAGAAGAGGCAGAUGCAGUUUCUUUUAACAGGUCUAAAACGUUUUAUUUAUGACAGUGAAAGAAAGUGAAAGGGGAAGGCCUGCCUGGACAAACCCUUUAAGAUUUGUCUUCAAUUUGUAUAAAACGGUGUUUUCAUGUAAAUAAAUACAUUCUUGGAGGAGCA